AUGAGGCAGAAAACUCAGACUCCNCAAGAUGCAUCACUGAGAAAAGCAUUGGUGAAUAUGAGAUAUGGAAAUUGUACUGCUGAGGACAUUAAAUUUUUGAGAACUCUUCAAGCCAGUAAAAAGCCAGGAAGACCUAACAUUGCUUCAAAGGAAUUCAGAAAUGUGGCAAUUAUAUGUGGAAGACACACACAAAAAGAUCAAAUUAAUCAAAUGGGGUGUGAAAGAUUUGCUGAGGAGACAGGCCAAAAAUUGACCCAUUUUUACUCUGUAGAUAAGUGGGGAAAGGAUGCUGAUCCAGCUAAUAAAACAAAGUGGGGAAAAUCAAAGGCUGCUUCAAAAUCAAAGCACAAGUCAAAUGAAAUCGACUUUGAUGAUCAACAUCAAAUCUGGAAUGUCAGACAUGGAUCAACUGAACACUUUGCUGGAAAGCUUUCACUCUGCCUUGGAAUGCCUGUGAUGAUCAGAAAUAAUGAUGCAACUGAGCUGUGCAUAACAAAAGGUCAAGAAGGAUUUGUAGUUGGAUGGCAGGCAAAGAAAGGUCCACAUGGAAAGAGAAUACUGGACACUCUAUUUGUAAAAUUAGAUAAGCCUUCAAAAACUAUUAAAAUACCUGGGCUUCCAGAAAAUGUGGUACCUUUAGUCAAGGGAACUAAAACUAUUACAUGUACAUUCCCUAGUGACCUGAAGGAGUCUAUAGAAAGACAACAAGUUUGGGUUCUACCUAAUUUUGCA